CCACAGUUGAGCUGCGCUGGCCAGAGAUGCCUGCCCACAGCCUGGCGAUGAGCAGCCCGGCCCUCCCGGCCUUCCUGCUCUGCAGCACCCUGCUGGUCAUCAAGAUGUACGUGGUGGCCAUCAUCACGGGCCAAGUGAGGCUGCGGAAGAAGGCCUUUGCCAACCCCGAGGAUGCCCUGAGACACGGAGGCCCUCAGUAUUGCCGGAGCGACCCCGAUGUGGAGCGCUGCCUCAGGGCCCACCGGAAUGACAUGGAGACCAUCUACCCCUUCCUUUUCCUGGGCUUCGUCUACUCCUUUCUGGGUCCUAACCCUUUUGUCGCCUGGAUGCACUUCCUGGUCUUCCUCCUGGGCCGUGUGGUGCACACCGUGGCCUACCUGGGGAAGCUGCGGGCACCCAUCCGCUCCGUGACCUACACCCUGGCCCAGCUCCCCUGCGCCUCCAUGGCUCUGCAGAUCCUCUGGGAAGCGGCCCGCCACCUGUGACCAGCAGCUAACACCUCCUUGGCCACCAGACCAUGGGCCAAGAGCCACCGCAGCUGUACCUGGGGACUUGGUGUUCCUUCCAGAUUGUGGUGGGCCCUGAGUCCUGAUUUCCAGGCGGCCUGCUGCGCAUAUGGGUCUCUGGGCCCAGUGGGCCUGUGUGUGUGUGCGCGCGUGUGUGUGUGUGUGUGUAUGUGUGUGUGUAUGUUUCUUAGCCCCUUGGAUUCCCGCAUGAAGUGACUGACGGGAACCAUUUCAAGACAGAUUGUGAAGACUCACAGAAAAUCCUUCAGCUAAAGUAACAGAGCAUUAAAAACACCACUCCCUCUCCCUUCCUAACAGUGAAAAGACAGAAGAGAGACUCUAAGAUUCCCAAAUCUAAUGAUCAUCUGAAUCCCAGGCUAAGAAUGCAGACUUUUCAGACUCACCCCAGAGAUUCUGGCCCAGCCAAUCUAGAGGCAAUACUGGCCUGGUAUUUUUUUUUUUUUUUUCCAAGACAGAGUCUUGCUCUGCUGCCCAGGCUGGAGUG